AUGCUGGUGCUGGUGCUGGUGUACUUCGCACACCUGUGGCGCGCGCCGCACGCCGGCGACGCGUGGCGCGUCUCCCGCCGCGCGCGCGCUCCCUCCCAGGCGGCGAGCGGGCGCGGGCGGGCGGCGCUGGUGCGCGCGGGCGGGCGGCGCGCGUGCGGCGGCGUGCGGGUCGCCGCGCGCUGGGCGGCCGCGCCGGCGCACUGCGUGGCGGCGCGCGCGCACCCGCUCUCCGCGCACUCGCUGUCGGCCUGGAAGAUCUCAUACCGUCUACACUCGCAUCUCUAUUUUGAAACUGACAUCGUCCGGGGUGUAGUGCAUUCACACUUUAAUGGAGAGGAUUUCAGCAACAACAUAGGGUUAUUCGAACAAGCAGAUCCCAUCUUCACGGAUGAUUAUCGAUUGGACGAUGCAGAUGUGAGCGACGAAUACCUACAAAUGAACGCGCACAACCUGUCAGUGGUGGGAUGGGAGGGCAUCACAGGGUUGCCUAUGGACGUUCCUGUGAGCCCCGUACCCUUACAACGCUGUCGGCAGUAUAUGAAUCCAGUCCUCGAACUAAGAUCUUAUGAAUUCUGCAUGCAAUUAAAGAAAAACUAUACUAUUGAGCACGGCUCCGCGAUGCUAGUCGGCGCCGAGGUCAAGGGGCUCAUCGCCUGGGGAGACAAGAGCGGACAUUUACCUCUCGUGAUACUUCACAUUGGUUAUUACCGAAAUUGGAUUGAGAAUAUAGUCAACUUGUACUAAUUCGUUGCUUCUUAUU